GUUGCUUCCGCAAGCACGGAAGGAAAGGAAAACAACCAGGCGAGGAAUCGCGGGGACUCCAACCAACUAACUGAAAAGGAAACCAUCCAUCCUCCUCGACUCCAAGAAGAGUUGGUUGAUUUGAAGCAACCGACGAACUAACGCCCUCCCCUCCCCUCCCCUCCCCUUCUCGGAUUUCAUCAUCUUCUUGGUCCACCUCCCCCCUCCGGGCCUGAACUCCCUAUAAAUUGCAGCACGUCGCCGGCAUCACCAGCAGCAGCGCUCUCUUUCUUGCUCCUCCUGGGUGCAGCCCAGAAAAAAAGACUGCCUUUUGUUGCGAUUGCUGCUGGAAUCCAUCUCUUUCUCCCCAGUCUGUUUAUUAUUUUAGGAACAGCAGGAGGAGGAGGCUCCUAAUUAAUCAAUCUAGUAGUCUAGUAUAGUAGGAGGAGGAGAAAAAGGGUGCGGUCAGGGAAGAAGAAGAAGAAGAAAGGCUACUCGACCGACGGCGCUAGUGGGGAGGGAAUCGCGCAGAAGCCGAGCCGAGACUCUCGAUCUCGAGCAUACAUUGAUUGGAUUACGGCCGAAUUGGAAUACAGCCAAAGGGCGCAAGCAAUGGAUGUGAGUCUCUUUCUUUUCCUUUUCCCCCUUUCUUUCUAGGUCACUUUCUCUAGCUAGCACAAGUUCCUUCUCCUUUUCUAUAUUUUCUCCGCUCUACUCGGCUGCCGUGCCGCCUAUAUAUGCUGAUUAUUGAUGCUGGUAGGAAUGGGAUCGUCGUCUUUAUUAGAGGAGUGAGGUGUCUUGUGUUCCUCUCUUCCUUUGGAUGAUGAUGGCAUGACAUAUACAGGCGCCGCACAGAAAGGCGAAUGGGAGUACUGCAAUAGAGAAAGUAGUCGUAGCUUGACUCGUGUACCACGCGACACCACGCGGAAGAUAUGAAUACGAUGACACGAUCAAAUCAUGCAUGAGUUGAUGAUUGAUUGAUUCGUCCAUUAGAGAAAGUAUUACUAUUGUCACUUUCGCAAUAAUAAUACUGGAGUAGUCGUAGAUAGAUAUCUAGAGAGAUAGAUGCGGGCUCUGAUGUGGAGCGGACAGCAUGCAGCAGUGGAGUCAAUUUGUGCAAGUAAAACGAAAAUGAUGCUACUUUUGGGGAAGCCACCGCCACCACCGCGCUGCUGGCGGUGGCGGCUCUCCUUCCUUUUUAUAGGCCUCCUCUUCUUCUUGCACCACCACGGAGCACCACCUGCAGGAGCAGGACGAGGAGGAUCAGGGAGCGGCGGCCUUCUCCAACUACUAUUCUUCUCCGUCCUCCUCCUUGCCCACCCAGCCGGGUCCAGGAGAGGUGGAGGGGGAGAGGGCGCCGCUCCUGCUGCCCAACAAGAUCAUGGCCGCCGAUGAGAAGGGCGACAGGCUCGACAUCUCCGAGGAUACGGCGCACCAGAUCAGCGUUGACUCUGAUCAUGCAAAGAGCAAUAAUAUGGAAAAAGAAAAGGUUUGUUGACUCGAUCAGAUCCUUGGUAUCAAGUUGGAUUCGUCCUGACAACGGGGGUGAACAGUGCAUAUGUACUUGGAUACUCUGGAUCAAUUAUGGUCCCCUUAGGCUGGAUUGGUGGGACAUGUGGCCUGAUCCUAGCUGCCGCAAUAUCGAUGUAUGCCAAUGCUCUUCUUGCGCGCCUUCAUGAAGUUGGUGGCAAACGCCAUAUCAGAUACAGAGAUCUUGCUGGACACAUAUAUGGAAGAAAAAUGUAUGCUCUUACGUGGGGUCUGCAAUACGUUAAUCUUUUCAUGAUCAACACUGGCUUUAUCAUCUUAGCUGGCCAAGCCUUGAAGGCAACAUAUGUACUCUUUAGGGAUGAUGGAGUUCUAAAACUUCCCUACUGCAUAGCAAUAUCAGGGUUUGUCUGUGCUCUUUUUGCCUUUGGAAUCCCUUAUCUAUCUGCUCUCCGGAUUUGGUUGGGAUUUUCCACAGUUUUCAGUCUCAUCUAUAUUGUGAUAGCAUUUGUGCUGUCACUGAGAGAUGGGACAACAACACCUGCAAGGGAUUAUAGUAUUCCUGGAUCACACUCAACCAGAGUCUUCAGUACGAUAGGUGCUGUGGCAAACCUUGUAUUUGCUUACAACACUGGAAUGCUGCCAGAAAUUCAAGCAACCAUAAGACCUCCUGUGGUCAAGAACAUGGAGAAGGCUCUAUGGUUCCAGUUCACGGCCGGUUCAUUGCCUUUGUAUGCCGUGACUUUUAUGGGUUACUGGGCUUACGGUUCCUCAACAUCAAGUUAUCUACUGAACAGCGUCAAGGGCCCAAUAUGGAUAAAAGCGAUUGCUAAUCUGUCGGCCUUUCUUCAGACUGUCAUAGCUUUACAUAUAUUUGCAAGCCCAAUGUAUGAGUUCUUGGACACAAAAUACGGAAGUGGACAUGGGGGUCCUUUUGCAAUCCACAACAUACUGUUCAGGGUUCUCGUCAGAGGAGGCUACCUCACCAUCAACACGCUGGUGGCGGCAAUGCUCCCAUUCCUUGGCGACUUCAUGAGCCUGACGGGUGCCCUCAGCACCUUCCCCCUGACGUUCGUUCUUGCAAAUCACAUGUACCUGAUGGUGAAGUGGCAUAAGCUGUCUGCCCUCCAGAAAUGUUGGCACUGGCUGAAUGUUGUUGGGUUCAGCGCAUUGGCUGCUGCGGCCGCAGUUGCUGCAUUAAGGCUUAUCAUGCAUGAUUCUAGUACUUACCACUUUUUCGCUGAUCUUUGAGGCCAAGUUUUACGGUUGCGAUGGGCACCUUGAUCAGUUGGAAGUUUCAACUUUUUUUUUCAUUCUUUUUUUGGGUGGAGAAGGUUAGCUCAAUAUAGUAAUGGAAACGAUCAAUUCAAGGCUGUACUGCAAUAAAAUGAAGUCAAUGAAAAAAAAAAUGUGCCUAUUUGGUUGUUUAAA